CAUUCUGCGUGUACAAAACAUCAGGAGAUGUCUGGACGAGGAAAAACCAGCGGCAAAGCUCGGGCCAAGGCCAAGUCUCGCUCGUCCCGGGCUGGACUGCAGUUCCCGGUCGGUCGUGUUCAUAGGCACUUGAGGAAAGGCAACUAUGCUCAGCGGGUGGGUGCAGGAGCCCCUGUCUAUCUGGCUGCUGUGCUCGAGUAUCUGACGGCUGAAAUCCUCGAGCUGGCCGGCAACGCGGCCCGGGACAACAAGAAGAGCCGCAUCAUCCCCAGACAUCUGCAGCUGGCCGUCCGCAACGACGAGGAGCUCAACAAGCUGCUGGGAGGGGUGACCAUCGCUCAGGGCGGUGUGUUGCCCAAUAUCCAGGCCGUGCUGUUGCCCAAGAAAACCGGCGCAGCGGGCAAGUAAGCGAGAGAAACUCAACAUAGUGACCCAAAGGCUCUUUUCAGAGCCACUCACCAUGUCUGUGGAAGGGCUGAUCAUCGAUUAUGCUUAGU